AUGUCUUCUCCACAGCAAAUCCGCACAAAGCUCACUGAUCUGCUUAAGAUCAAGCACCCCGUCAUGCUGGCGGGCAUGAACGUCGCUGCUGGUCCCAAACUCGCUGCUGCCGUCACCAAUGCUGGAGGCCUGGGUGUUAUCGGUGGCGUUGGUUACACGCCUGACAUGCUGCGAGAGCAGAUCGCAGAGCUCAAGGGCUACCUGAACGACAAAGACGCGCCCUUCGGUAUCGACCUCCUGCUCCCCCAGGUGGGUGGUAGUGCACGAAAGACCAACUACGACUACACCAAGGGCAAGCUGAACGAACUUGUCGAUAUCAUUAUCGACUCUGGGGCGAGGCUGUUUGUGUCCGCCGUUGGUGUUCCCCCCAAGGCCGUUGUCGAGAAGCUGCACAAGCACGGCAUUCUAUACAUGAACAUGAUCGGUCACCCCAAGCACAUCAAGAAGUGUCUCGACCUUGGUGUUGACAUCAUCUGCGCACAGGGUGGUGAGGGUGGUGGACACACUGGCGACACACCCACAUCUGUCUUCAUUCCAGCGGCGGUCAAGAUGGUUGAGGGCCAUAAGUCACCUCUCACUGGUGAGCAAGUGCAAAUUGUCGCUGCUGGUGGUAUUUUCAAUGGUCAGUCGCUCGCUGCCAUGCUUACUUUUGGCGCCACUGGUGUCUGGGUCGGUACGCGCUUCAUCCUUGCUGAGGAGGCUGGCGCCCCCAAGGCCCAUCAGGAAGCAGUACGCACAGCUGGUUUCGAUGACAAUGUGCGCACAAUUAUCUUCACGGGACGACCUCUCCGCGUCCGCAACAACCCGUACAUCGCAAACUGGGAAGAAAACAGGGCGGCCGAGAUCAAGGAACUUACCAGCAAGGGCAUACUACCUGUUGAGCACGAUCUCGAGAAGCUGGGUGAUGAUCUUGACGAUGACACCAUGGACAACGCGCGACCAUUCCUGAUGGGUAAGGUUGCUGCCGUUGUCAACGAGAAGAAAAACGCAAGAGAAAUUGUUGACGAGAUUGUCGGGGAUGCCGUCAAGUGGCUGCAGACCAGCAACGGAUAUAUUGUAUCCAAGUCGAAGCUAUAG